AGAACUUCUGCGUGCGGCUGUGAACUCUCUUUGUUCAGAUAAAAAAGUGCUGCGAAUUUUCAUCAUUCUACUCAACCUUUUAACUAGUUUCCUUGAAUGAUGGAGAAUGCUUUAUUAUUGCACUUACGAUGCUGAUACCAGUAUGUUGUGAUCGGCUGCCAAUACGGCUGGAGGUGGCCGUAAUAUCGGCGAAAGGGCUGCCGAUUAUGAAUAAGUCAAUCAACUCUACUGACGCUUUCGUUGAAAUUCGUUUUGCCGAUGAAGUGCAGAAGACAGAAGUAGUGACCAGUCUCAAUCCACAGUGGGACAGUGAGCUUUUCCCAUUUGACACCGACGAAAAACAACUCGUUGAAUGUUGGGUGCAGUUCAGAGUGAUGGAUCAUGACACUUACUCGGCGAACGAUGCAAUAGGAAGAGUCAAUCUGGAUUGUAACAUACUAGUAGAAAAGAUGCGAAUGCAAGAGAUGGAAAGGCUCGAUGAGACCCAUAUUCUACCUAUCUAUGAUACUCUCAAUGGUAAUCGUGGCGAACUUACUUUUCGGGUUAGAGUCCAACUACUGGUGGACACGGACUGGAGAAAUUAUGUUCAAAUUCUAUCAGGUUUCCAAAUACCUUUCGACUACCGUUUGGUCGAAAUUGUAGGACUAAUGCAAGAGCUAAAAUCUGAAAAGGAUCCAGAUUAUGAAUGGCUGGACAGGAUACGUACGCCUAAAGCUACGAAUGAAGCACGACAGUCGGCUGUUCGCGACGCUCUCAGAAGUGCAGCGGUGAGCCUCGCUCACAAAGUCAGCAAACUUCAGUGUAGUCUUAUAUGCGGAUAUCAGGAGUAUUUGGACGUUGAAGGGUCGUCUACGGAUCUUUUCACUGUUAGGGUGUUGGGUACUGCCUUACGAAUAGAGCAGGGUAAAUAUGCAGAUGUUUGGAAUGACCGUGUGUCUUUUCCCAUCUUGAGUCUUGAUGAAAUACCCGGUAACAGACAAACCGGCAUCGGUGCCGUUGUAGCAGUUCGCGCUGUGCAUAUUCUCGAGCGAGAUGACGAAGAGCCAGAGACUACAAGAAGAAGCUGGUGGAAUGAGCUUCGCUCUGAAUUGCAUCAGCAAGCCGUAGCCAUUGGCUGUAAUAUGGUAAUUGGUUACUCGGAGCAGUUUACUGUCAAUGAUGGUGUGGCAUUGUUGGGAUGUAGCGGAACGGCUGUGGUAAUGGGAAAAGAAGAGGAGGUUAUGCUUGUUGUCAGCAAACCACGUAAUGAUUUGGAUCAAAACGAGAAAACCAAGGAAAGUCGCGACAAGCGAACUGAUUCUUCGGCACGUCAACCUAUUCUGUGCUCGAAAUUUCAUACACCGUUACAAGCAGAGAAAACUCCAUUCAAUGCGGCGACGCAAAUCUGCUCGAUAUGCAAAACGGGUUCCGUCACUGAUUUUCUAAUUUCCUCAACGAGUUGCCCUCCGGUACACUACCUUAUUGGACCUAAAUUGUUCAUACAGGUCUCUGUGACAAAGAAAAUUGCCACUGAUCCAGACGAAUCGGAAGAUUAUGCUACUGAAGUCAGCAAUGUUCUUCCAUUUGCCGACCAUGAUCUCUUCAACAACCUCUUAGGCGAAGCAAAAUCGCUCAAUCCUAAUGCAAAUGCUGUUUUUGAUGUUCACUGCACAUAUUCUCUUUCGGAUUCGAUGCUGGUCUCCGUUGUGACUGGUAUACUUGUACGCCUCGCAUGCUUACCGCGUGACGUAGCUGUUUCACCAUCGCUUUCCAAUGUAUUGUCAUUCACCAAUCUCCAGCGGUAUAAUGACGCUAGACGCUUUUCUUGGGGAACUGUAAGAGAGGCCAUACGCUUUAAGCCAUCUGUCACUCCAGGGAUCAGCUUGAAAGUUCUUAACUUGAAACCUCCAAACUCUGACCUCGAUGAAACAGCGACUUCCAAGAGUCGAUUGAGAUUGAACAAUUUUGUUGAGAAAAUCCGUCGUCGUCAGUAUGAAAAGGAAUAUGUCAGCCAUGUGGUCUUUGAGCGACAUUUGAGCGCUUCCAUAGGUCUCUUGGACUCGACCAUGGCUUCGAAUAGUAACUCGAUUGCGGGUGUGCAUCUUUCACCGAAUCUGAGCAGUUCGCUUCUCAUUAAGGAUCGCGGUGAACAUGUGAAAACCUUGACCAGAUGGAGUGAUAUUUUUAUCAGGGAAGAUUUAACAAACAGUGUAAAGGAUUCGCAAUCGGUAGACAGCUUUGUCACCAACGCACUAGAUGAACGAUUAUCCAUGGCGAAAUGCGUGGCAGCAAUUGGUGGAGGCGGAAGCCUAAGUACAGGAAGCGUCGGAAGUGCUGCCAAUUAUGGCUGUGGACUCUCCUACCUUCGAAUAGCCAGUCCGCAGUUCAACGUAUCGAAAGAGCAUGCACAUAUGAUUAUGUUGAUGAGUUGUGAUGUUAACUGUUAUGACUAACUGCAGAUCUUGACAAAACCUAGAUCAGGGCUCGGCACGACGAAAUCCCUUUGCACGAGCUCGCUUUUG